CUAACCAACGUACUAUCAAAUAUUCCUUAAUUUUCCCUCUACUUCUCCUUCAUGCACACCAUUCUCCCCCAAGUUAGUUCCAACAUGGAAGAACCCCAUCCUCUCCCUGACCUGCAUCAUGCAACCCUAGACCAUAGCUCCACCGUCGACACUUCCCGCCCCUUCCGCUCCGUCAAAGAAGCGGUUGCCAUCUUCGGCGAGCGGCUUCUUGCUGGUGAAAUAUACUCUCCAAAACCAUAUAAUGCGAACUACGUUCCAAGGCAAGAAAGUACUGCAUGGAAAUUCUCACCAAGUCCCAUGAAGCCUAAAGUGGAAGACAAUGAAAAGUUGCUUUUGGAUACUCUAAAGAAGCUUGAGGCCGAGCUCGAGGAGACAAAGGUGGAGUUGAAGUUGUUGAAGGAGAGAGAGUCGGAAACUGAAGUCGCAUUGGCUUCACUGAACGCCGAGCUUCACAAGAACAUGUCGAAACAGGCUGAGGCCGAGGCGGCUGCGGCGGCUACGAGAGCGGCGGGUUUUGAGAGAGCAAACAGUUGCAUAAGAGAGGAAGAGAGGAAGAGAGAGUUGAUGAUUAGGAUGGAGGACUCGCCCACUUUGGCUCAGAUAUUAAGUCUUGGUGGGGAAGGAUAUUUUGGAGGGAAACAGGAGAGGAAGAUGAUCAUGAAGAAGAAGCCUAUUAUUCCUCUGGUGGGAAAUUUAUUUUCCAGGAAAAAAAGAUCUUCUAGUGCUCUGAAUAGCCCUCUCUGUUCAUCUCCCAGAUUGUAUCAUUGAAAUCAUGUAUGCAUGUCUUUUUCUUCUUGUCUUUUUGUCUAUGCAUGAAAAUAACUUUUUCUUUC